AUGGAUUCCAUGUGGAAAAAGUAUGGAAUCCAUGUGGAAAAGUAUGGAAUCCAUCAGCCAUUCCAUGGAAUCCAUCCCCCACUCCAUGGAAUCCAUCUGGAAUUUGUGCAGUCCACCCCCCAUUCCAUCCAUUCCAUAUGGAAUAACCUGGGGAGGUUUCAAGGAGAACUUCCAAGUGCGAUGUAUUCUGGGGUGGUGAUGGAGGAGGACACUGAGGACACUUUGCACCAGAACUUGCAGAAAUUCAGACACAAUAAUAAAGGAUGUGCUGGUCACUCAAACAACCACUACUAUAUGAUUCAGAUGCCAGUGAUCUCCUUGCUCACGACCAUCAUCAUCCACCCUCCCUUCCUGCUCCUCAAGAGUUUACAAGAGAAGGAAUUCCUGCAUCAAGUUGUAAGGGUAGCCACCAAAAUAGCCUAUGGAGUUGGUACACUGUGCAGUCAUGCCUGUGUCGAGUCAUCGACUACAAUUUUGCGCCCUUGCCAAGUAAUACAGUGCAAGAAGCUCCUCCAAAGGUUGACAUACAAAGUAGUGUUUGAAAGUCCAGUCUGGUCUGCUCUUUUGAUGCCCAGGGGCUUUAACUGUAACCGUAACCGGUCUACCCUUUUCCCAGAAGUCAAAAAGACCAGACUGGACCGCAAAAUACUGCGACCGGUUUCGGUCUGCACCAGUUUUAACCGGUCUAUGACCGGUCUUUAG